GCAACGCAAACAAUUUGAAAUACUUCGAUUCGCAGCAUACGUAAUCAUAGAUGUCAUUUGGUAAACCAAAUUUCAGUGACGACAAUCGACAAUCGACUAGAACGGAGAUUAUAAUCCACCGCCCAAGCAAGAAUGCCGGAAACGAAACCCAAGACGCACUGCCGUCCCAGCAACGGUCUCGACCACACGGAGGAGUCCGUCGUCCGUCUGGCUGCCAAUAUGGUCACCCAGAGGAACCUCCAACUGCUCCAACCCCGCCCACAGCGCCCACGUCCGCCGCGAGCUCGUCGAAAUGCCACCGGCUUUUCGGCCCACCAGGAGGUGCGGCUAAAAGCCGGCGACAUGCGCAUGGCCCGGCUGCAGAUCAGUCUCUCCCAGCUGCGCACCGCAAUGGAGGAGUCGAGCAAACAGCUGAAGGACCUCUGCCACGAGAUGCGGCUGAAUGUGGAUGCUGAGUGAAGGGUCCUGCAAUUUCAGUGAGAUGUCCUGGGGGAUUUCGUUUGCUAAUGCAAAACCAUUCAGUUUAGGUAGUGCCAAAUUUAAGUGUUUACGGUGAAAAACAAAUAAAAAGAGAAAAUCUA